AUGAAGCGCCGUACCCAGCAGGUGCACGUCGCCGGCCGCACCACGCUCGCCACCGUGACCUCGGACCCUGCCGUCGCGCGCCGGUGGGUGCACACGGCGCGGUGGCGCAAGGUCAGCCACCUCCGCUCCAGGGCCGGGCUCAUCGUCGGCAUGGGCGUGCAGUGGACGCCGUCCUUCCGCCGCCUGUCCGACGGCGCCGAGGCGCGGCCGGCCACGCUGCAGCUCUGCUGCGGACGCCGGUGCCUCGUGUUCCAGAUCGGGCGCGCCGGCGCCAGCCGCGUCCCUCUGGUGCUCCGGCGGUUCCUGGAGGACGCGCGCGUGGAUUUCGUCGGCUACAACGUCCUGUCGGACUGCAGCAAGCUGAGCGCCCACUACGGCCUGCGGGUGGCGUGCCCACAGGAGCUGCGCAAGGUGACGGUCAUGGGGAACUCGUCCAUGGAGAGCAUGGCGGAGCAGGUCCUCGGGUGGCGCGGGGUGAAGAAGGCCGAGCGGAUGGGCGCCGGCAACUGGGACGUCAGCACGCUGUCGAAGAAGCAGGUGAGGUACGCGGCCACCGACGCCUUCGUGUCCUAUUGCCUCGGCGUCAAGUGCUUGAAGUAAUCGGAGCUUGUAAGCCGGUUCACCUUUGUUAAGACUUAAGAGCAGGACCAGCAGCUUUUGGAUCACUAAUCUAC